AUAACUACAUGUGAUUUAUUUCUUAGAAUCUAAGUAUAAAUAUAUAAAAACAAAAAAUGCCAACUCCGGAUAAAAUAUUGAUGAGAAAAAUAAAAAAACGUGAGAAGAAGAAAUUGAAACUUAUCUCACUGAAGGCAAACGGCGUUAACAAAAUCGACAAACAAGAACAAUCUACUGGAGAUUCAGAAGUGAGUGAAGUCACUCAGAAGGAAUUACAGAAGAGGCCUCUUGAAGAAACACAGAAUAAUGUUACAGUGCCAAAAAAAAAGAAAAAGAAGAGUCUCCCGAAACCAGAGAAAAUAGAGCCAGAAGAAAUCAAAGAUGAACCAGCCUCUGAUGUUGAAAUGGAUCAAGAACAGACAAAUGACAACAGUGUAGACAAGGCAACAUCGAAAGAUGAGAACCAGUUACCUGGAUCAAGUUUAUGCCUGGGAAUCUUGUCAGAUCAAAAGUUCUCCUCUUUAGAAGGCAAAGUGUGCGAGGCAACGCUCAUGGGUGUCAAGGAUAUGGGUUUUACUACAAUGACAGAGAUACAGGCCAAGUCUAUCCCCCCUUUGUUGGAGGGAAGGGAUCUUGUGGGAGCUGCCAGAACAGGAUCAGGGAAGACCUUAGCAUUCCUCAUACCUGCUAUUGAUCUUAUAUACAAAUUGAAGUUCAAACCUAGAAAUGGCACUGGUGUUAUAAUUUUAUCACCAACUAGGGAGUUGUCAAUGCAAACCUUUGGUGUUCUAAUGGAACUCAUGAAGUAUCAUCACCAUACAUAUGGGCUGGUUAUGGGCGGUGCUAACAGGAGUACUGAAGCACAGAAACUUUCAAAAGGAAUUAAUAUUCUAGUAGCGACACCUGGUAGAUUACUGGAUCACUUGCAAAAUACACCAGAUUUCUUGUACAAAAAUCUACAAUGUCUUGUUAUUGACGAAGCAGACAGAAUACUGGAAAUUGGUUUCGAGGAAGAAGUCAAACAGAUUAUUAAACUUUUACCAAAACGCAGGCAAACUAUGCUCUUCAGUGCAACACAGACAAAAAAAACAGAAGCAUUGACAGCUUUGGCGGUCAAGCACGAACCUGUGUACGUUGGAGUUGAUGAUCAUAGAGAACAGGCUACAGUGGACUCAUUGGAACAAGGAUACAUUGUAUGCCCAUCAGAUAAGCGAAUGAUGGUUCUGUUCACAUUCCUAAAGAAGAAUAGAAAAAAGAAGGUGAUGGUUUUCCUCUCCACCUGUAUGUCGGUCAAAUAUCAUACUGAACUUUUCAACUAUAUUGAUCUACCGGUUAUGUCUAUACAUGGUAAACAACAACAAUCUAAACGUACGACAACAUUCUUCCAAUUCUGUAAUGCUGAGACCGGUAUACUUCUAUGUACGGAUGUGGCUGCCAGAGGUCUAGAUAUACCAGCUGUGGAUUGGAUCGUACAGUACGAUCCACCAGAUGAUCCAAAGGAAUACAUACACCGCGUGGGAAGAACCGCUAGAGGUCUCGGCACUAGUGGUCACGCUCUACUGUUCCUCCGUCCUGAGGAAAUUGGAUUCCUCCGAUAUCUCAAACAAUCCAAAGUCACCUUGAAUGAGUUCGAGUUCUCUUGGAAUAAAGUUUCAGAUAUCCAAUUGCAGCUGGAGAAAUUAAUAUCGAGGAACUACUUCCUCAAUCAAUCCGCAAAAGAGGCCUUCAAGAGUUACAUAAGGGCUUACGAUUCGCACCAUCUCAAAACUAUAUUCGAUAUCGACACGAUAGACUUGGCUAAGGUCUCCAAAUCGUUCGGUUUUACCGUCCCUCCGGCUAUUGAACUGAAGGUUGCCAAUAAAGGACCUCCUCAGAAGAGGAAAGGUGGCGGUGGUUUUGGAUAUUUCAAGACUCUGAACGCUCCACAUCAUAAGAAAGCAGAAAAAACUAAGGUUUACAGGCAGAAGGGUAAUAAUAAACGAUCAGUGAGUUAAGAUUAUGUAAAUUUUGUAAUGUGAUAAUGUUAAAAAUACAUCAUUUGGUUUAUUGGUCUUACUGUGAAUGGACUAGAAGCAUGCAAUACCUUAUUUUGGAAGAUGAAAAGUUUGGACUAGCUAGCUUUGGACUAGCUUUAGAAGGUAUGUCAGACCAUUUUAUUCAUAUACAUUAUUUCAUACUUUCUACAUCAUUUUCAUUCUGUUUCCUAAUCUAUCUUGAAGUGUUUAAUUGCAACCAUAUUAUGAAAGUAUAAUUUUUGAAUAUUAUUAUUGACUUUGUCCGCGAGAAAAAUCGUGUAAACGUUAUAUGCUGUGUGAAUAAAUUUGUAAUACUGUGUGAAUUUGUAAACAAUAAAUGAAAACAGAAAACUAAUGUAAAUCACUGAAUUGAUUGUAUAACAUUAUACUUACAAAAUCUUGUGUACGUAUGAAUAAUGUAAAGAAAAUAUUGUUUCAUUUUAUAUGUAUAAAUAAAACACUUAAAUAUA